CAGGCCUGCGGGUGCUGCGCCGCCGCUUGGCUUCUGAACCCUCUGCCCUUGGCCGUCUCCAGCCGGGGCAAUGCGGAGGCCCUGGUCGCACUGCUGGUGCUCGCCACCCUGUACUUGGUGGAGGAGGGGAGCAUAGGGAAGGCCGCAGUCUGCUAUGGGCUGGCAGUGCACGUGAAAAUAUACCCACUGACCUACGCGCUGCCCAUAGCGCUCCACCUGCAGAGCAAAUGCUGCGGCGGGGAAGGGGCAGUGGGGAUGGGGCAUGACAAAAAAGCAAGGUUUACAUUUGUGGGGUGCAUCUGGCAGCUUUUUGUAAAGAUGCAGAACCGUGAUGUGAUGCUUUUUGGAACAGUUGCUGGAUCUGUGCUGGCUGCCUUGACUGUUGGAUUUUAUCACCUCUACGGAUGGGAUUUUUUGGAGCAUGCCUACCUCUACCACCUGACCAGGCGGGAUAUCCGUCACAACUUCUCGCCCUAUUUCUACAUGUUAUACUUAACUGCGGAGAGCAAAUGGAGUUUGGCCCUUGGACUCGCAGCUUUCUUGCCCCAGCUGCUUUUGCUCCUGGCUGUGUCCAUAGCAUUUUACAGAGACCUUGCUUUCUGUUGUUUCCUACACACUGCUAUUUUUGUGAGUUUUAACAAAGUAUGCACAUCACAGUACUUUGUCUGGUAUCUCUGCCUUUUGCCCCUCGUAAUGCCAAGUGUUAAGAUGUCCUGGCGGCGUGGUGUGCUGCUUCUCUUUCUGUGGUUUGUUGGACAAGGCCUGUGGCUCGCUCCUGCAUACUUUCUGGAGUUCAGAGGAUGUAACACUUUUUUACUUAUAUGGUUGGCAGGCUUGCUUUUCCUUUGUAUUAAUAGCCUCAUAAUUGUUCAGAUUAUUUCACAUUAUCAAAAAGAAGCACCAGUGGCAAAUAAAUGCAAACAACAGUAA